AUGAAUGAAACGGAGUUUAUUGUCUGUCCCUCGCGCUGCGCAGGAGAAUAUUCCGGACUCAGCUGUGGAAGCUGUCAGCAUUGCGAGCUCUCCGCAAAACUCCUUUCGACAACAGCAUGGUUUUUAAGAGCGGCCGACUUAACGAAGAAGAAGUUUCUCGUGGGUCUUCUCGUUCGAUGUAAAAACCCCGGCAUUCUUGAAAACAUCAGAGAUACGUUGGAUUUGACAAUGGGCAAGGACUUCAUUUACGCACGGUCGCGGCUAAAACCGGGUCUACCGGGAGACACGUGUUACACCUGGUCAGAUCGCGCUCUGGACCCAAAACUACUUUCGGACGAGAUCAACCAGACAUGGGACUGGUUCAAGCGCAGUUCAGACUGGACCAAGUCCAACUACCUCAUGGGCAUCCUGUCUGUCUGUGACACUGGACUUCUUCACGUCCUUGGAAACUUGGCUCAUGUUCUGAUAGUCAGAGGGAAAAGAUGCUCACCUUUCAGACCAGCACUGGGUGACCUGGAGGAUGACGCGGCCUCCAUCCCAGAGUCCCGUGACUCGUGCGGCUUGACUGUGAAUGCUCAUGCGGAGCUGCUGGUGAGUGCCAGCUCCAUCUACGUCCCCGCGUCAACGGCGGACCUCCCGCACUGCUGUCCCCCGGGGUUGGACGAUGACACCAUGGAGACCGCCACGGACACGGGCUGCAGCUCGCUGGCCUCGGCGAGUGGCAGCAAGGCCAAGGAGUCUAGUUCUUUGGGCUACGGGGGCAGCAAGGUGUCCAUGGGCCAGAGCUUUGGAUUUGGGCUGAGCUACAGCAGGUAUGGCGGUGGCAUUGGGUAUGGCGAUGCCAGCGACACGGACUCAGCGUACUGCGAUGACCCGGCUCUCAGUGUCGUGCCCCAGUCCUCGCGCUCCUUCUCCGGCGUCUGCCGCCACCGAGACUUCAUCCGCCAGCUUCCGGUUCACAUAGCCAAGAGGAUUCUGGGCCUUCUGGAUAGCGCCUCACUGCGCCGCUGUCUAAACGUGUCACGCCACUGGAAGUACCUGGCCAGGGAGACUCAGGAGGAGCACCGUGCCAAAAUGAGGAUGGAGACGCAGGCCAUGGCCUUUCAGAAAACAAAGUCGGUCAAUCCAAACUACGCCAGCUUCCAGGAUGUUCCGGUGGCCGUUCGGGACGAUGAGAAGUUCAUGUACCAUGGUGACAGUGUCUUGAGGGCCAAGAAGCAAGACCGGGUGUUCGAGGACAUCUACUCAGGAGUCAUCACCAAGAGCGUCCAGAUGGAGGAGAGGAAUGUGUUCUGUGGCCCCUACAACCUCCUGCUACUCAGCGCCAGGCAGGAGCCAUCGCGCAUGAUCCACUACACGGGCGGCCAGAUCGUGGCGCUGUGCUCCAAGGACCGCGUGGUGCGGCUGGUGGACGUGGUGGCUCAGAAGGAGGUGCUGCCCGCCAUGGUGGGCCACACGGGCAUCGUGCGCGCCGUACUGCUGUGUGAGGAGAGAAACAUGGUCAUCAGCGCUGGAUAUGACCUCAGCAUCAGGUGUUGGAACAUGAAGACGGGUGUGUGCACCGCGCUUCUCCGAGGCCACAUGGGCACCAUCACCUGUCUGGACGUGCACGGGAACCGCCUCGUGUCCGGAGCCAAGGACUGCAAGGUCAAAGUGUGGGACCUUGAGUCGGCGAGGUGUGAGGAGCACCUGGUGUUUAAGCACCAUCACCCCGUGCUGUGUGUCAAGAUCGACAAGGCAUUUGUGCUCAGCAGCUGCGUCGGGGGACUCGUGAAGAUGUGGAGCCUCGAGGGCUCCUUGAUUAAGGUGGUGUCAGAUAAGUGCCCAGUGACGUGUCUGUACUUUGAUGAUUGGCACAUCGUGACGGGUGCGACGGAUGGCCAGGCAAUGGCCUGGAGCACCAACCCGGACUUCAAGAAGUGCCUCAAAGUCUUCAACCACCCUAUGGAGGUGUUGUCGGUGACGUGCCUGUACCUGCGCGUGAUCACGGGCUGCGUGGACGGCUACAUCCGCAUAUUCAACUUCCUGUCCGGCGAGUGCAUCAGGGUCCUGAAAGCCUGCGGCCACAGCAGCCCAGUGCACUCCGUACAUGUGUCUGAAAACAACAUAGUGGUGGACACAGACGACGGGGUGACGCUGCUGCAGUUUGCGCGCGGUCGCUGGGACUACACGUCGUCGAUGGAGCGCGAUGCCAAAGACGGCGCGUCGUCCUCCACCGCCGCCAACGGUGGUCCCGCUGCUCCCUCCGUCAGCAUCCUCAAGCACACCAACGCCUACGUGCGCGCCGAGCGGAUGGCUGUCAUCGGCGCCUCCAACCGCAAGCUCUUCCAACAUCAGCAUCAGCACCAGCAUCAGCAUCAGCACCAGCACGCACUGCAUUCCCCUAAUCCACUGGAUGAGCCCUCAGCUGAAGCUGCUGUUGGAAGUGGAAGUGGAGGUGGAGGAAGUGGAGUAGGAAGUGGUUCUCUGAUGGCAAUACCUCUCUCCCACAGCUCUCGGUCUGUGUCUGCAAACAGCAUGCAACAUGCCAUGGAGGUCCAACAGGAGUCUGCGCGCAGGGCCAACUGGGCUCAUGUGUACAAGCGCAGCCGGGCUCACAGCGAGCUGCAGGCUGACGUUGUUGCCCUUAGUGGACAGGACACUACGCCUAGAAACACAGGGCGUGAGACGACCCUGAUAAGGGAGGAGCUGAGCCGCAGCGAGUGGGCCCUGCUGCGGCGCGUGAGGAAGAGGGCCCCCGCCCCCCACGUGCCCCAGCAAGGGCCCCCCUCCCUGGACCAGAUGCUGCUGUCCCUGGGCAACUCCUCGCAGCUCUGCCCCCUGGCUGAGCCCCUACGCUCUAACACGGAGCUCAACGCCCGCACCGUGCGCAACGCCUGGGGCUCGCCGCCGCACUCCCGCUCGCCCACCGAACCCAACCGCGGACGGCCUGGACCCGAACCCAGCCGCGAACAACGCGAAGCAAACCACGAACAGCGCGAAUCCAACCGCGAAAGACAAGAACCCAACAGCAAACUAUACGGACCCAGACCCGAACGCGAAACGGGCCCAGACCCAACACCUACACCUGCACCCCAGCCCGCCCCGGCGCCUCCAUCAAACCCUCUCUCAACCACUCUGUUAACGCCUCCGUUGGCACCUCCGCCUCGGACCGACGCGAGGCCCAAGAAGACGUCAUCUGCCUCGUCCUCCGUCUCCUCCACGCCACCUCUGGUCGCCCCGCAGCCGUACUUCCAGAGGCUUCCGAAGCCGUCCAGCUACCCGCGCUCUAAGGUGAUAUACACCCCUCUGAGGCAGCUGCCGCUAACCUCCUCUUCCUCCUCCACCGCCUCGCCCGAACCCGACGCCAGCGCAGGUCGCAGGGCGACUACUAGGAGUCCCGAUGAGCCGCAUCGGCAGCGAGCGCGCUCCUGUGUGCCUCCUCUGGAAAGGUCGGGGGUCAAGGUGAAGUCCAAGGGUCGAGACCCGCUUCAGAGGCCGCUGAGGAAAAAAAGGCCGCAGACCGCCGGACCAACAUGCACUGCAGCCGGCAAGGUCCCCCAGGUGACCUUUGCCCCCAGGUCUCCUGCUACAGGUGACAGCGGCGCCAGCUCCACCACCAUCACCCCCGUCCUCUCACCCCCCAGCCUGUUCACUCGCACUCCUGCCGACCUACGCCAGACCCCAAUCAAGCAUGUGGAGUUUAAGUCCGCCAAGGCCAGCCCCCAGCGCCUCCACAACCCGCUGGAUCCCUUCCGCGACCACAGCGGCUUCCAGCUCCGCACCCAGGCCCAGCUGGAGGAGUACGUGCGCGCGCAGACGGAGCGUGGCCGGCAAGAGAACGCCAAGGGCGACAGGGAGGAGAGGUGGCAGUCACAGUCGCGGAAAAUGGCGUUGUGGGGGCUGCUGGCGAGAGGGCUGCCCCACCAGCACCUGAGCCAGGAGAGGCAGGUGUACGCGCCAGAGCUGGGGCCCCACGUUUACAUCUGAGACACACACACCCAUUUAUGGACAUGAAGUACAGUCCAUAUUUCUUACAGCUCAACCAAAGACGACCACUUGUUCUGAGUCGCCUCUAUUUUUUAUGUUUGCAAA